AUGAUGGGCUCGGUGCUGCCCGCCGAGGCCCUGGUCCUCAAGCCCGGGCUGAAGCCGCAGGGGCUCUCGCUGGCCGAGGUGAUCACCUCCGACAUCCUGCACAGCUUCCUCUACGGCCGCUGGAGAAACGUCCUGGGCGAGCAGCUCUUCGAGGAGAAGAGCAGCCCAAAGACAGCGUUCACGGCCGAAGUGCUGGCUCAGUCCUUCUCCGGAGAGGUGCAGAAGCUCUCCAGCCUGGUGCUGCCGUCGGAAGUGAUCAUCGCCCAGAGCUCCAUCCCCGGGGAAGGGCUCGGCAUCUUCUCCAAGACUUGGAUCAAGGCUGGCACCGAGAUGGGGCCGUUCACGGGCAGGGUCAUCUCCCCCGAACAUGUGGACCUGUGCAAGAACAACAACCUCAUGUGGGAGGUGUUCAACGAGGACGGCACCGUGCGGUAUUUCAUCGAUGCCAGCCAGGAGGAUCACCGCAGCUGGAUGACCUACAUCAAAUGUGCACGGAACGAGCAGGAGCAGAACCUCGAGGUGGUCCAGAUCGGGAACAGCAUCUUCUACAAGGCCAUUGAGAUGAUUCCUCCAGACCAAGAGCUGCUGGUUUGGUAUGGGAACUCCCACAACACCUUCCUGGGCAUCCCAGGUGUGCCAGGGCUAGAAGAGGAGCAGAAGAAGAACAAACAUGAGGAUUUCCACGCGGUGGAGACGGGGGCCAGCACGACGGGGCGCAUGCGCUGCGUCAUCUGCCACCGCGGCUUCAACUCCCGCAGCAACCUGCGCUCCCACAUGCGCAUCCACACCCUGGACAAGCCCUUCGUGUGCCGCUUCUGCAACCGCCGCUUCAGCCAGUCCUCCACGCUCCGCAACCACGUCCGCUUGCACACGGGCGAGCGGCCCUACAAGUGCCAGGUUUGCCAAAGUGCCUACUCCCAGCUGGCGGGGCUGCGGGCGCACCAGAAAAGCGCCCGCCACCGGCCCCCCAACGCCUCCCUGCAGGCCCACUCGCCCGCCCUGCCCGUGCCCCACCCUGCCUCCCUGGCCCAUCACAUCCCCACCAUGGUGCUGUGA